AUGGACGUGAAAACCAAAGACACCGCUGUUAUCACCAGCCCGGUGGACGAGGCCGCCCCCGAGGAGGCCGCGAUCCAUCUCAAGAACCUGAGGUCCGAACAUGCGUGGGACCCCAACCUGCCUGAUGAGGUCGCCGACGAAAUCGACGGGGCGCUGAACACCGAUGACAAAGGAACCAAGCUGGAGGUCACACAGGAACUCCUCGACAACUCUCCAUAUCCGGAGGUGCGUGCAGCGGUGGUGAACUACGAUGAAGGCGGGCACAGCAAUACCAUCCGCGCCUGGACGAUUGGCCUUCUCUUCGCAACCAUUGGCUCAGCGCUUAACAUGUUGUUCUCACUGCGUCAGCCAUACAUCAUAAUCCCGUCCUAUGUCGCACAGGUCGUUGCGUACCCCGUUGGCAAGGCGUGGGAGAAGGUCAUGCCCAACAAAGUGUUCAGGUUGUUCGGGAUCGAAUGUAACUUGAACCCGGGUCCAUUCAGCAAGAAAGAGCACACCCUCAUCGUCGUGAUGGCCAAUGCCACCUUCGGCGGGGGUGCGGCUUACUCUACGGACGUCCUCCUCGCGCAACGUGCGUUCUACAAGCAGCGCUACGGCUGGCCCUUUGAGAUCUUCCUCACCAUCUCUUCGCAGAUGCUGGGUUUUGGAGUCGCGGGCUUCUUCCACCGGUUCUUGGUCACGCCGGGCGCGAUGAUCUGGCCGUCAACCCUUAUCAACACCACGCUGUUCACCGCGCUCCAUGACCACAGCAAACCUGACCCGCGCAAGGUCUCCGGAUGGACCAUCGGCAAGUACCGCAUGUUCCUGUACUGCAUGAUCGGCUCGUUCGUCUGGUACUGGUUCCCUGGGUACAUCGCGCCGUUCCUCAGCGUGUUUGCGUGGGUGACGUGGAUCAAGCCGAAGAACGUGGUCAUCAACCAGCUUUUCGGCGGAUGGACAGGGCUGUCGCUUAUCCCGAUGACCUUCGACUGGACGCAGGUCUCCGGGUUCAACUUCAGCCCGCUGAUCGCGCCGUGGCACGCCAUCGCCAACACCCUCAUCGGCAUGGUCGUCUUCUUCUGGAUCACCACCAGCGGCCUACACUACAGCGGCGUCUUCUACUCCAAGUACCUCCCGAUCAGCGACUCCAACAGCUUCGACAACACCGGCCAACACUACAACGUGUCCAAGAUCCUGACGCCGCAGAUGACCUUCGACGAGCAGAAGUAUAAAUCCUACUCGCCGCUGUUCCUGUCGACCACCUUCGUGCUGAACUACGGCCUCGCCUUCGCCACCAUGAUCGCCAUCCUGGUGCACACCGCGCUCUUCCACGGCAAGGAAACCUGGACGCGGCUGCGCAACUUUCGCCGCAUCGAGGAAGACGUCCACGCGCGCCUGAUGAGCCGCUACCCCAGCGUGCCGCUGUGGUGGUACGGUGCCGUCGUGCUGGUCAUGGUCGGCAUGGCGCUCGGCGUCAGCCUCGGCUACCCGACGCACCUGUCGUGGUGGGCGCUCUUCGUCGCGCUGCUCAUCGGCAGCGUGUGGUUUCUGCCCUGCGGCAUCGUCCAGGCCACCACCAACAUCUCCAUCGGUCUCAACGUCAUCACCGAGUUCAUCAUCGGCUACAUGCAGCCCGGCCGCCCCAUGGCCAUGAUGCUCUUCAAGACCUACGGCUACAUCACCAUGUUACAGGGCACGUACUUCUGCCAGGAUAUGAAGCUCGGCCACUACAUGAAAGUCCCACCGCGACUAACCUUCGCCGCCCAAAUGAUCGCCUGCCUCUGGUGCUCAGUCGUGCAGGUAGCAGUAAUGAACUGGGCGCUCGCCACGAUCCCCGGCAUCUGCACCACCACCCAACCAGACCACUACCAGUGCCCGAACGGACGCGUAUUCUUCAACGCCUCGAUCAUAUGGGGUGUUAUCGGCCCGGAGCGUAUGUUCUCCUCGGGCCAGCUGUACUCGUCGCUCAUGUACUGCUGGCUCGCCGGCGCCCUACUGCCCGUGCUCAUCUACGUCGGCGCGCGCGUCUUCCCGCGCAGUCGCAUCCGCUUCCUCAGCGCUCCUAUCAUCUUUGGUGGAGCUGGACUGAUUCCGCCGGCCACCCCGUUGAACUACCUUACCUGGGGCAUUGUUGGGCUCAUCUUUAACAAGUUUAUUCGGGACCGCUGGCGCGGCUGGUGGAUGCAGUAUAAUUAUGUGCUGUCGGCGGGACUGGAUGUCGGGUUGGCCCUGUGUACAAUUCUUAUCUUCCUGGCCUUGAACAUGACCAAGACUACGUUUCCCUCCUGGUGGGGUACGGACAUUGCGUCAAAUACCUUGGACGCGGAGGGCACGGCGGUGCAGAUCGUUCUUCCCGACGGAGAGAAGUUUGGGCCAAAGUCGUGGUAG